AUGGCCGGGGGCGGGGGCGGGUUCGGGGCACAGGGCAGCGCAGUCGGGCCGCCAACCCGGGGGCCCCGGGGGGUAACGCCCGACUCCGCCAGCCGCGGCUCGGCUGUUGACCGACCACCAACCACUGCCGACGAUGAACUACCAGCACUCCAUCGCCACCCCAGCAUCCUCCUCAUCCCCUCCCUCGACCCCGCUCCUCCCUACCAUCCAUUGUCCUCCAGCACGAACGUCCAAGCCUCGCUGACCACCUUCCCCUCACGGCUCAGGCUCGGGGCCAGUGGACUCUCUCAGCCGAUCUACACCACCACGUAUAUUCAGAACCGUCUCCAACGCCCGAAUUCUCCGAUCGACUCCCAUCCAUCUAACCCAUCUAUCGUCCCUCUCUCCGAACCGGGAAAACGCGCUCGGCGGGUCGUCAACUACUCCGAGAACGAUUCGUCGCGUCUGCCCAACAUAGAUCCGGACUUGGAUCAAGCCUUUGAAGAUGACCAUCCUCGGUCUAGGGCCGCCCAGACCCGCGGCCGUCCCAGCCACAGCUCCCGGCUAUCGAUGGGCGCGAACGUCAAUCAAACACCACAAGCUGGACGGCUUGCUGCUGCCCGGAAUUCGACCCCUACUCCUGCGCCCUCUGAUCCAGGAAAGACGCACGAGGACGAGCUUGCUAAGCGGAAAUACGCCGACGGUCGCUCGUAUCUUGGCCACGAUCCACCUGCUAAAUGGAUCCGCGUCGAACGCAGACCGAAACGCGCUCCUCUCCUCAUGAAUACCUUGGGCUUGAGCGAAAAUGAUCAGGCCUCAGAUAGUGUGUGCUUGGUGCCUAUCCGGAUCGAACUUGAUACGGAAGAACUGAGGAUACGAGAUGUCUUCACCUGGAAUCUUCGAGAACGUUACAUCACGCCAGAGAUCUUCUCGCUCGAAUUUUGUGCGGACGCGGGGAUCCAGUCUGGAGUAUAUGUGCCCAAGAUUGUCGAACAGAUCAAGUCGCAAUUGAGCCAAUACUCCUUCUUAUCCACCACAAAGUUGGUCCCAGAUGAAGCGGACCUAUCACAUUUCUCUGAAGAACAGUUAGUCGGGAUCGAGCCUGAUCUGAGAGUGAUCAUCCAACUGGAUGUCCAAAUAGAAACACUACAUCUGAUCGAUCGAAUCGAAUGGGAUUUGGCAUCACCAUUAACGCCCGAACUGUUUACAGCCCAAUACAUCUGUGACUUAAACCUGCCCCGAUCCGCGAGUCCGAUCAUUGCACAUGCGAUCCACGAGGAGAUCUUCCGACACAAACACGACUGUCUUUCACUUGGGCUGAUUUCCCACGAGGUUCUCUCGUCUACUAUGCCAGCUGCUCCUAACGACACAGAUCCUCAGACCUCCACCACCACCACCAACAACAACAACAACAACAACACAACCACGACAGCAGCUACAACCUCAACGACGGCAGCAGCAGCAACACCCAACCCGGUCGGGAUCGUGCAGACAAGCUUCAAAAUAGAAACCGAUCCCUUGCUCAAGGAGAAAUACGGCUCCAGUCGCGGGCCUAAAAAACUCGAGGGUGUCUGGCGAGACUGGCACGAGGCAAAUCUCUUUGGCCCCAAACUACAUUUAAUCCAUGUUGAGGAUCUGGAAUGGGCGGAGAUCGAAAAGGAACGACAGGCUAGACGCACUCGCAGAGAUACUACACGAACUGCCAGGAGACGAUGA